AUGGGAAGAGCUCCUUGUUGUGACAAGGCAAGUGUGAAGAAAGGGCCAUGGUCACCUGAAGAAGAUGCACAGCUAAAGGAGUACAUAGACAAGUAUGGGACUGGAGGGAAUUGGAUUGCCCUACCACAAAAAGCUGGCCUUAAAAGAUGUGGAAAAAGCUGCAGAUUAAGAUGGCUAAACUAUCUUAGACCCAACAUUAAGCAUGGAGACUUCUCAGAUGUUGAAGAUAGAAUAAUCUGCACUCUCUUUGCUAGCAUUGGAAGCCGGUGGUCAAUAAUAGCAGCUCAGCUGCCAGGCAGAACUGACAAUGACAUCAAGAACUACUGGAACACUAAGCUCAAGAAGAAACUAACGAGGUUGGUCCCUUUAUCUCAGAGAAGGCCUCACCUGGCUAUAACCCACGCACCAAUAUCAGUUUUUCAGACAUCAACACCUUCGUUACAUUCAUCUCCAACACUACCAUCAACAUCCUCUGAGUUCAAGUGUACCAACAACAAUUAUCACAUUACAACAGCUAGGUCUUUUACAGGCUAUGAACUUGCGCCAAUCCCAUCGAGUCAUUUGAACAGCACUUCUUCAAAUUCUGGUGCUAGUGCUGUUCUCCAAGUGGAAGAUGGUUAUAUGGGUUCCAUGAAUGAUUAUCAAGUGAAGGACAGCCUCCCCAUGUUUGGAGGUGAUCAAGGUAGUUGCAGUUCCUCUGAUGGGAGUUUCAGCAACCUUAUCAGCCAAGGCAGAGAGGUAGAGUAUGAGUUUGGUGUUUCUAAUGGUGGUGGACACAUGGGUUUACAGGGUUAUAUAUACAAUGGUGUUGAAGAAAACCCAAAGUUACUUUCAAAUUGUGGUGGUGUUAAUGGUUAUGUUGUUGAAAAGGCUAGUGGGCUCUAUGGUGAAACUCCAUUAGACUAUAGUCUUGAGGAGAUUAAUCAGCUCAUUAGCAGUAAUAUCAGUAACAACUUGAAUUUCUUUGUUGAUGGAAAUAAGGCUGAAGAAAAGAUCAUGUACUACUGAUACUGACUGUUGUGGGUACAUUCUGAAGAUUUGAAGGGUAAAGUGUGGAUGGAUAAUUGAAGAUUUAACAAAUAAACUGAGUUUGUGGGGGAUGGGACUUGUAUGUUUG